AUGGCUGACUGUACGUGCAUGAAGGUGGCGCAUGGAUUUGUCGGCAAUACGAUGGCGACAUUCGUCAUGCAGUCGUUGGGAUGCGAUGUCACGGCGAUAAAUACGGUCCAAUUUAGCAAUCACACCGGUUACGGACAGUUCAAAGGCACGAAAUCCACGGCACAGGAGAUCGCUGCUCAGUACGCAGGACUGAAACAGAGCUUCCUGACCGAUUUCGAUGUCCUACUGUCCGGAUAUGCGCCCAGCGCCGCAGCUGUGGAGGCAGUUGGCGAAAUCGGCCUUGAUUUACGGCGCAGGUCCCGCACAAAGCCCGGGUCGUUCUUUUGGGUUCUUGAUCCGGUAAUGGGCGACCAAGGACAGCUCUACGUGAAUGAGGAUGUGGUUCCCGCGUAUAAGAAAAUAAUACCUCAUGCCGAUUUAAUAUUACCAAACCAAUUUGAGGCAGAACUCCUGUCUGGUAUAAAAAUAACAUCUCCCUCUAACCUCGUGGACGCCAUCACCUCCCUCCAUCGUACCUACAACAUCCCACACAUUAUCAUAACCUCCGUGCAGCUCCCGUCAAUCACGUCCUCAACCACCUCAGCAGUAUCCAGCUCCACAGCAACAGACAGCACUGACACACUGACCAUAAUCGGCUCUACCGCACGCUCCGACGGAAGCCCGCGCCUCUUCAAAGUCGAAGUCCCCCGUCUGGACUGCUUCUUCAGCGGCACGGGUGACAUGUUUGCUGCACUUACUGUUGCACGAUUACGUGAAGCCGUAUUUGAGGCUGACGCGGACGCGGAGGCUGAUGCGAUAGCUUGCCGAAGCGCAUACCCCUUUGGCCCCGCCACCACCACCACUAUCACAACCCAAAAGAGUUUUCUCGAAGUACCAUCAGCCGGGCUCCGACCUAGAUCUUCUACCACAUGCUCCUUUUACUCGCUCCUCCGCAAUGCCCCGUCCUGGCAAUCUCCCGAUUUCGUUCCUGCCAACGAGCUACCCCUCGCCCAAUCCACUGUCAAAGCCCUCGCCAGCAUGCACUGCAUCCUGGAAAAUACCAUGGACGCGAGAAUGGACGAGUUGGCGCAGUAUCCGCCAGAUGAUGACGAGGUGUCUUGUUUGCAGGAUGCGAUUGAGUUUGCGGGGCUGUCGGAGGCGGCGCGGCGUGAAGCCCGAGAGAAGAGGGCGCAUCUAAGGAAGACGAAGGCGGCGGAGAUACGUCUUGUGAGGAACGUAGAAUUGCUGAAAAACCCCCAGGGGGUGGAAUUUGUGGCGGAGGAGUUCAAAGUGUGA